AUAUUUACAGCAAGAGAAGAAGAAUUUUAAGAUUCCGCGGCGAUGUUUGGUUUUGAAUUAGUAUAAACCGAGUUUAUUUGUAUGCUAAAUAUUUGUUAUCCGAGUAGAAAUGCAUUUUAAUAAGUAUAAAGAUAAACAUCAUCAAGAGUCGAGUUUGUCGUCUUCUUUUAUUACUGCUCCCAAUGAUAAAACGCUGAUAAUGGCGUCUAAAGAGAAGAAGGAAAACAUGAGAAUGGGCAAACAGACGGCAACCGUGUACGCAGCAAAGAUAAAGACGAAGAUACACAAUACCUCAUCAUUCUUCAAGCUUUCUUUGAAAAGCAACAACAAGGCUCUGACUCUGGCUCUGGUUGCUCAGAAGCAGAAGAGCAGAGAGCUGGAGGCAGAGGUGGUGCGACUGAGGAAAGAAGCACAGACAAAUCAUUUUGAUCUUGCUCAACGGCGUCAUAAAAACAAACAACUGUUUGCCAUUAUACGAGAGUUUUAUGACUCUUCCCUUAACUGGAUGACAAAGGCAGUUGAUAUUUUUUGCAAUGAGGAGGAUCCAGACUCUGGAUACAACACCAGUAAAGACCAAAUUAUUGAAAUAGAGAAAGAAGCUGGGAGUUUGCAAGACAAACCAUUGUGUCCACAGCAGAACUAUGACUCUAAACCAGUGAAUACAGCCGGUGAUGAUCCCAGCCAAGAAAGAGACAGUCCAGCACAGCAAAACACCAUAUAUGACUCUGAAAUGGAGGUGACCGUUAGUGACAGUGCUGCUGAAAUAGUAACAGUUGAAACAAAUGCAAGAAGAACCUCUAGAGUUACAGAGGAACAUCAGGAAAAGAAGGGUUUGUGUCUGUCAGAAAAAGAUAGUGCGGUUAUAUCUGCAAAGUUAGACUCACCAAUUGAAUUUAGUAGAUCAGACUAUACAUCAGCUGUGCCAAAUGAGACGACCGCUGUGACACAGCAGUGCUCUCCUACUGUUCAGAAUGAAGUGGAAAAUGGGCAGCAAACAGAGUCAAUAACUGCACGCAGGAAGACUCACGUCACCUCUCGUACUAAAAGUAGCAGACGUACAGGUAAACGGAAGGAACCAUACCCAGACCCAAGAAAAACAUACGUAAUCUCCCAAGAUCCUCCUUAUGACAUUUUUAAUGAUUGUUUUAGUGAUCUCGAGCUUCAGAAUUCUGAAAGAAGCAAGGCAAUUGAAAAUACUUCAAGUAAAGCUGUUAAAAACAAAGCUAAAGAGUCCCAUGCUACGCAGGAACCCAGGAGAACAUUUAUAGUUCAAGAUGAGCUAAGACCUCAGAAGAUCAGGAAGACCAAAGUUUUGUCCCUUAUGAUGGAUCACGGUUUAUCUGAUGUUCAUGAAAAUGUCCAGUCUGCCAGUAGUUUAUGCUUCGAGUCUGCUUGUACUGAUGUGCAUGUCGGUGAGACCGCUGUUCAAAAACAUAAAAACAAAACUCCAGCACACCCACUUCCUCAGUCUGAAAAGUGCAAGACACAGAAAAACAGAGGAACAUUUGUGAUACAGGCAAGUCAAUCAUUCAUCAACAGGAAUUCAUUUUUGGAUGAAACCAAUAUAUUAGAGGAUCCCAACAGACCGGAAGGUUUGCAGGAAGUAAUAUCAGAAACCCAAACAACACCUCUCAAUAUUGGUUCAGAUAAUGUUGCACAACAGCACAAGGCGCCAGAGCAUGAUUUUCUUCAUAAGAUAUUGACAGAAAACACCUAUCAUCCAGAAUGUUCACAAGAUGUGAGUGCCAGCCUUGUACAGGAACCCUCUGAAUUUACGUCAUCAGUGGCUGGUAAAGCCAAAAAACACAGAAAAGAGGGGGAAGAUAAAAUAAAAAAGAAGAAUGCUGCAUCAAGAGAAAAACCCAAAGCAUUAACAAAGAAACAAAACAUUUGUGCUGUGCGUAUGGAUGAAAAUGUGUUGACUGGAAGGCAAGAUAUGAUUGAUCUUCAGAAUGGAGCAGGAGGCAGGUCUUUGUCUAAUACUUUACAGUUUCCAGUAAUAUCUCACUGCUCAGCCUCAGAGGAGGACCUCAGGGAUGAAUGUAAUGCUGAAACCCUUGGAAUAAGCUCUCCUUCCUCUGUUGACAAGCUUGAUCAGACUAACCACACUAACAUGGACUCUCUUAGCAUAAAUCUAGAUCAAACCAACCAAGCUCUUGAGGGCAGGUGCAGGAAAACAUAUGUUGUUUCAUCUUCACAUAAAUCCCCCAUUAAGAAAAAAACUGAUAGUGGAGCUUCCAGUGACAUUUCUGAACAUGAUCUUUUUACUAAUGAAAUGGAUAAUGUUUCAUCUGUCAUUAACAGAAGCAUGUUUGCCAUGGAAAAAUAUAAUGUCACUUCAGAUGGUUUUAGUGGACCCACAAAAAACCUUCAGUUUACAGAGGAGAGGCCUCCCUGGGAGACCCUUGAUGGUUACACUGAAACACUCUCAGAUGAAAGCUCUGCCCAUAGCCCUCAACCAGAGACCCGCAGUCAAACUAUGAACAUUUACCAAGACCAGGACUCAGACUUGAGGCACCAAGCUCCAGAAGAAGGCAGGGUUAUGAAGAGUCUAACAAAUACAGAGCAUAACUCUGAUUUCGAGAGAACACGAAGAAGAGCAGCACCAGUCUCCUACAAAGAACCAGCCCUCAACUGCAAGAUGAGGCGUGGGGACAAAUACUCUGAUACAAAAUUCUUAAACUCUCCGGUGUUCAAAGACAAAAAGAAGAAGAAAUUAACUUAG